GUCACUUAAAUGACACCAACAAGGACCUGUUCCUUUAUUCUUUUACUCCCCUCACAAACCGAUUUUUUUUUAGAUAUGAGUGUCUCAGUAAGUUGACUUCAAACUAGGUGAAAAAUCACUGCCAAGGAUGACUAUUCUGCAAUUAACUUUAGUUACUUUUAUGUGCUGGAUAAGUCUUUGUAAUGCUAAUGGAAAUGACAGGAUUUCCUCAGACAACAUCACUCGCAUUUUAGACAGACUUUUGGAUGGGUAUGACAACAGGCUGCGGCCAGGAUCAGGAGGUGGAGUUACAGAGGUGAAAACAGACAUCUUUGUCACCAGCUUCGGACCUGUUUCAGACGUUGAGAUGGAGUUCACCAUGGACAUGUUCUUCCGUCAGAUGUGGGUGGAUGAGCGGCUAAAAUUUGAGGGCCCAACUGAGAUCCUCCGUCUGAACAACAGGAUGCUGGAUAAGAUCUGGACCCCAGACACUUUCUUCCGCAAUUCCAAGAAGGCCAUUUCUCACAACACGACCACACCAAACAAACUCUUCCGCAUCAUGCAGAAUGGGACAGUCCUCUACACCAUGAGACUCACAAUCAGUGCAGAGUGUCCAAUGAGACUGAUGGACUUCCCCAUGGAUGGCCACACCUGUCCUCUAAGAUUUGGAAGCUAUGCCUACACAAGCAAUGAAAUCAUGUUUACUUGGAGGAAGGGGCCAAUAGCAUCCGUUGAUUGUCCCGCAGAGUCCAUAAGUCUUCUGCAAUACGAUCUGGUGCGAAACACUUUGUCCAGCGAGAUAUUCAAAUCUAACACAGGUCACUACUCUGUGCAGGUGGUCUACUUCCACCUCCAGAGGAAGCUGGGUUACUACCUCAUACAGACGUACAUCCCUCUUAUAAUGGUGGUAGUGCUGUCUCAAGUCUCUUUUUGGAUCAACAAAGAGUCUGUUCCUGCACGAACAGUCGCUGGCAUCACCACAGUGCUGACCAUGACCACCUUAAGCAUCAGCGCUCGUGAGUCACUUCCCAAAGUAGCUUACGCCACGGCCAUGGACUGGUUCAUUGCUGUGUGUUUUGCCUUUGUGGCGUCGGCUCUCAUUGAGUUUGCAGCAGUGAACUACUUUGCAACCCUGCAGGCCCACAAUCUAAAGAGGAAGAAAACAAGACAGGACAAGCCAGAGGUGUUGGCCAGCACCCCUGAUGACGGUGAAACUGUUUCGUUGGAGAGCAGCCCUCAAGAAGGCCUGAAGAAGAGAAACCAUUCAAUGGCUCGCAGUGAGCCAGGAGAUGCUCCUCAACUGCCCAUCUUCCUCCAGCAAGGCUCAGCUGUUCCUCAAAUCCCACAGCUGGCCGGCACCAGCCCCAUCGACCAGUACUCCCGCAUCCUCUUCCCCCUGGCAUUCGCCCUGUUCAAUGGGUUCUACUGGUACAUCUACCUGGCCAGGGACACCAUGGAGAGGGCCAGGGAUGUGGAGGUUCAAAUCUAAAAGGACCUGGAAAAGGGCACGUGCAGCCGGAGAGACCUUCAGCAUCCAGCCCGCCUCACCUCACCCUCCUCUCUCUCUCUCUCUCUCUCUUUCUCUCUCGCUCUAUAGUGAACAAGCUCUCAGCAGUCACUCUGCUCUCAUCCGACAGAGGAAAUGAAUCAGAAACUCAUUUAUUCUCCUGCCACACAUCUAUUCAUUUCACAGGCUGUGACCACUGCCCACUUGUGUUCUGAUCAGUAGCUGAAGAGCUGCCCUUCACGGGAGCAUCAAUCACUUUAAAACCCCGCCGAAUACACACAACAAGAGACACACGACACACACAUACAGUACAGCCUAUGACACACACUUAAGACAAACACAGACCCAGAAACACAUCAAAAAGAAGUGGAUGAUAUAAUCAAUGAUGGCUGUAACUGGUGGUGAUGCAACAGUGAACCAAUGCUUUCUGAAGCCUGCCCUCUACAGAAGCACAGCUCCCACUACAACAAGAUCAAAGGCAAUUUAGAGAAGGCUCGCAUCCCUCCCCACAGCUUCAGGAAUGUACUCAAACCUGAGAAAAUGAAUUGUGGGGAUUGUGUUUUCCAUCCCAUCUUUCUUGCUUUGGCUCCCCGGUGCUCCCUUUGCAUUUUCAUAUCCACUGUAGGACCCCUGAAAACAUUGCAGGGUAGAGAAGCAAUUAAUUCUCGUGGGUUCUGAGGAUUUAAAUAUUCUAUUUUUGUACAGAUGGUGCAUGAUUGUUGGCAAGAGAUGUCUGUUUAUGCAUAAUGGAUGGAUGCUCAUUUUAGCCCUUUUACAUGUCCAGUAGCAUAAAAGCUGAAGGUAAAAACUUGAUGUUAACUUGACAUUUUGGCCACUUUAACCCUUUCGUGCAUCCUGAUGUUUGACCUUGUCAGCACACACACAAACCCGUCUGUCAUGUGGUAAUUAGAAUGGAUAAAACAAGCUUCAAAUAAACGCUGUUGUUGUUGUUUUCUCUCCUGGA